UAAUUCCCCCACCAUCCUACAAAUUCAACCCCAUCAAGAUUAGUUUCUUACGUUUACGUGUAGUUACCCAUAAAUGAAACAGUCAGACUAGUCAACUGUCGAAGUACAACCAAACAACUCUCUCCUGCUUUGUAGGAGAAAAUUCCUCUACGUGGAGCUAUUACCAUGCAGAAAAACAAAUGACCGAAAAUUAGUAGUCUCUUCUCUUUCGCUUCGCAAAGAUUGUGGAUCUCAAAGUAGAAACUGAUCAAACGUGUACGUACGUGUACGUACGUGUAAGUGAAAAGGAGAAGAAAAUGUAAAAAAGAACACACACCCACGCACGCGAAAAAAAGAUGCUCCCAUUUCUCGAAGAGAAAACAAUGCACCAUGUAAACCUCAACACCGUCGCAAUAAGAAAAUAAUAGCGUCGACUCGUCGCAAAAAAAAAAAAAGAAGCUCCGAUGUCGAAUACCACUGCCGCUGCUCCUGCUCCCACAACGACAGCAUCAUCGCCGCCACCUCCCGCAGCGACAGCUUCUCCUCCGCCACCUCAGCGGUCACCACCGCCCCCGACAGAGAAGCCAAAGCAGUCGCCUCCACCGGCAGCGACCAAACAACCACCCACGAAAUCGCCAGCUUCGGGCAGGACACCCCCGCCGCCACUUCUAGACCCCAACGCCCAACCGUUCGUGUCGCCGCCUGCUCCUCCGGCCGAUGUCCUCGCAGCUGCGCCGAGGCGGCCGCGGCCGCUCGGCCCGCCGCCGCGUCGGGAGAAUGGAGGCGAUAAGGGAGGAAGGUCGCAAGGGAAUAAUAAUAAUAAUAACGUGGUCGCUAUUGCUGUUGGUGUCGUUGUGGGAGUAGCGGCGAUCCUUUUCAUCGCCUUGGUCUUGUAUUUUUGCUUCUGUAGAAAGAGGAAGCGGAAGGAUGAGCUUGCUUACUAUUCCUCCGCACCCCCUCCUCACAAAGGUGGGGGUUACUACAUUGCUUCACCUAAUCCAGGUAUGAUGGCCGGGUACUACGCCGCUUCCCCUCCACCACAAAGUUGGCAAGCAGGCAACAAAAACGACAAGAAACACGGACCAGACCACGGACAACAACAACAACAAUACAUGAUGUCCCCGCCGCCCACCGGCGGCGGCAAUCGCUGGCAGCAAUCCCAAACACCACAGCAACAACCGCCACCCACCCGCCAGCAGGGCGCCACGUCAUCGAGCGGCGAGUACAGCUCGUCCUUCUCCGCGGGCCCGCCCGCCCCGCCGCCGCCGCACCCGGGGCUGGCGCUGGGGCUCCACAACAGCAGCACGUUCAGCUACGAGGAGCUGCAGGCUGCGACCGACGGGUUCGCCCAGUCGAACCUGCUCGGCCAGGGCGGGUUCGGUUACGUCCACAAGGGAGUGCUGACCAGCGGGAAGGAAGUGGCGGUGAAGAGCUUGAAAGCCGGGAGCGGCCAAGGGGACAGGGAGUUUCAGGCCGAGGUUGAGAUCAUUACUAGGGUUCACCACCGCCAUCUCGUGACGCUGGUGGGUUACAGCAUUGCUAGAGACCAGAAGUUGUUGGUUUACGAGUUCGUGCCCAACUCCACGCUCGAGUUUCACCUUCACGGUAAGAACCGGCCCACGAUGGACUGGGCCACCCGCCUGAAGAUCGCCAUUGGAUCCGCCAAGGGACUGGCCUACUUGCACGAGGACUGCCACCCACGUAUUAUCCAUCGAGACAUCAAAGCUGCAAAUAUUCUACUCGAAUACAAUUUUGAGGCUAAGGUGGCGGAUUUUGGGUUGGCUAAGUUGUCACAGGACAACCAUACUCAUGUAUCAACUCGUGUGAUGGGGACUUUCGGGUAUCUGGCUCCAGAAUAUGCAUCAAGUGGAAAGCUUACCGAAAAAUCCGAUGUCUUCUCGUUUGGUGUUGUACUGCUUGAGCUCAUAACGGGUCGUCCGCCUCUAGAUCUUCAAUCUAACAUGGAUGAAUCCUUAGUGGAUUGGGCUAGGCCUCGAUGCUCGAAAGCAUUGGAAGACGGGAACUGCCAGGAAUUAGCUGAUCCACGUCUCGAAGGCAAUUACAAUCCUCAAGAGAUGAGUCACAUGGUAGCUUGUGCUGCUAAUGCAAUCAGACACUCUUCCAAAAAGCGCCCCAAAAUGAGCCAGAUUGUUCGGACAUUGGAAGGGGAUGCAUCGUUGGAGCACUUGUGUGAUGGAGGAGUGAAGCCAGGGCAAAGCUCAUACUUUGGACAAGCAUCUUCCGAUAACUUAGAGUAUGAUCAGAGCUCAUAUAGUGCAGAUAUGAAGAAAUUUAGAAAGGCAGUAUUGGAGGACCAAAGCAGUGAAUAUGAUUAGACUAGCGAAUAUGGGACUUAACCCCUUCUGCUUCAGAGCAAUGAAGAGCGAUGUCCAAAAAAGCACUAGGUUAGAACAAUAUUAGCUUUGUUUUCUUUGAUUACAUUUUUCUUCUUUAUUUGAAUUUGGAUAGGGAGUUUUGAUCAACAGAACAGAGUCAUCACCAGUUGCAUAUGGGUUUCAACUUUUUUGGGGGGGAAUAUCAUAAAAAUAGCAGAGAAAUUGACACAUAAAUGCACAUUUUGGCACGGUUGCUUAUGAUUAAGGAUUCUUAGAUUAUUAAUAAUAAUAAUAACAAGUAGCUUUCGAUCAGAUUUAUAUGUUUUUCUCUUAUAUUUUACACAUAGUAUACCCCGUUCAUAGCAAAUGUGUUCAGCUCCAUCACGAGCUCCUUAGUGCAAGAUCAUUGAAACAACAUAUGCUCGACGACAUUGUUGCACAACGCAUACAAUAUCCAACAUACCCAUUUUUAACUCGUUCAAUCUUGUCCUCGAUAUUUAUAUAUAUAGUCAUUAGUCAAGAAUCACCAGCCAUAAGGUAUUUAGAAAUAGAAUAGUAUUUACACACCAUCACCUAGUUUAAUUCCAGGUUCACCAUUCCGAUUGGAUGUUCAUAACUUAUUGGAAAAGUUAUCUUCAAUUAGUCCAUCAGGCCACCCAUCUUAAUAUUUUGUCGGAUGAAGGAUACCUUUUGGUCUGUAGUCAAAAUGCCAGCGCAUUAUCACUACAAAAGUGGUGAGUUUUGGAGACGAAAAAUGUUGUCUCCUAAACAUGGAUUUUUCGUCUCCAAAUCUUUAGAAGACGGCAAAUUUCGUUCCCACGGGUGGUGCCUAUAGGUUCCGUCCUCUAUUCUUUUGGGAACAAAAAAUGAAAGUCGUCCCCAAUAUUAGGGUCACAUAGUCGUCUCCAAAACUACAAAAAUUCUAAUUAAUUUAUUUUCUUUUUUCUAGGAUUUUAGGACAAUAUGUCGUCUCCUAUGCAUUGUUUUUGGAGACCAUAAGUGUCUCCUGUGAAUUGUGUUAUGGACAAUAAGUCGUUCCUUAUGAAGUAUUUUGCAGACAAUAAGUCCUCCCUUAUGAUGGGUUUUCGAGACAUUACGCAUUGCUAAAAGCUAUCUUUAAAGACACAUGGUCAUCCCUAAUGCAGUGCUUUCGAGACAACAAGUCGUUCAUAAAGAACUAUCUUUCGAAACAACAAGUUGUUCCUUAUGUGGUAUUUUUCGAGACAGUCAGUAGUCUCUUAACAACUAUUUUUUGGGACAACAAGUCAUCUCCUACGAAUUUUUUUUGUAGACAACAAGUUUAUGUAGCUCAUGGGAUUCAAUGUUGGCAAUGAGCAUUCCAAUCUUUGGCCUAUUUUUAAUUGAAAGACCGAGGUAGCAAUUCAAUUGUCAUUCAUUUCUGGAGUAAAAAAUUUACCCUUACAUAAAUAAAGUACAAUAUGGAAAAUGCAUCAACCAUACACAUAAUGAAAAAGAAAAACAAAUUGGACAAACAUAAACGCAAAACUACGACAAUGAAAACUAGCUAACAAGAGUGCUAGACCUCCGGUGGCUAAUCACCAUCGCUUCACUUGCUCUCUCUUUUCCUUAUGUCGUGCCUACAUCACCGCCAUCACCAAUUGCUAGUUCGAGAGAUAAAAAAAAAGAGUCAGAAGCUUGAAAAAGAUAUAUUUAACAUAUACCAAACAACAAAUUCACCAGCUUGUACAAUAGAAACUUACAAUAUACUAAAUUAUAAUCCAAAUAAAACUUAACGAAAUAUAUUUGAAUUCGCACCUUGGUAGGUUCAAAGGAAGGGAACGCUAAUGACUAUUCGAUAUGAGAAAGAGAAGCUAACUUGGAGCAUGAAGGAGAGAAGGAAAAGGACCGACGACGUCUGCAAUAUGUAAGAAGGGUGAGGCCAACAAUAUUGAGAAGAGAAAGAAGUUAGAAAGAGGAGGGCAUUUGGCCGACUGAAAUUUAAUGAUGGAAUAGAAGUAGGGUUUUGCA